AUGUCCUCUCUUGCCGCCCGCAGCAUCCUUCGAUCGUCGCGAGGACUCCGCCGUAGCAACGCUCCCUUGUGCAGCUCGCCGAGACUGCUAGGCCAGCAGCAGCAGAAAUUCCAGCUCCAGCAGCAGAACAGCAGUUUGCAAUACACCCGCGCCUUUUCCACCACCAUGGCCGCACGCUCGGGAGCACCGCCGCCAGCCAAGGCACCUGCCUACGAUCAGGAGAUUCAGGACAUGGCCAGCUACAUCCACAACUACAAGAUUGACUCGGAGCUUGCCAUUGACACGGCACGCUUCGUCUUCCUUGACACGCUCGGCUGCGGCCUCAAGGCGCUCGAGUUCCCCUCGUGCACCAAGCUGCUCGGCCCCGUUGUGCCUGGAACCACCGUUCCCAAUGGCACCCGCGUUCCCGGCACGCCGUACGUGCUCGACCCCAUCAGCGGAGCCUUCAACAUUGGAGCCAUGAUCCGCUGGUUGGACUUCAACGACUGCUGGCUUGCGGCCGAGUGGGGACACCCCUCGGACAACCUGGGCGCCAUUCUCGCUGUUGCCGACUGGAUGAACCGCACCAACAAGUCUGGCGCGCAGAAGAWCAACAACGGCAAGACCUUUACCGUCCAGGACGUGCUUGAGGGCAUGAUCAAGGCACACGAGAUCCAGGGCUGCUUGGCGCUGGAGAACAGCUUCAACAAGGUCGGACUCGACCACGUUGUGCUCGUCAAGGUCGCCUCCACCGCCGUCGUCUCGCAGAUGCUCGGUCUCAACGAGGAGCAGACCCGUGCUGCCAUCUCCCAGGCUUGGGUCGAUGGCCAGAGCAUGCGAACCUACCGUCACACCCCCAACACCAUGUCCCGCAAGUCGUGGGCCGCUGGUGAUGCUUGCCAGCGUGCCGUCGACAUGUGCUUCAAGGUCCUCAAGGGCGAGGGUGGUCUUGCGACUGUCCUGUCCACCCCAACCUGGGGAUUCUACGACGUCAACUUUGGCGGCAAAAAGUUCGAGUUCCAGCGCGAGUACGGCUCUUACGUCAUGGAGAACGUGCUCUUCAAGGUCUCCUACCCGGCCGAGUUCCACUCGCAGACUGCCGUUGAGGCUUCGGAGAAGAUCUUCCACAAGCUGAAGAAGAUGGGCAAGUCGGCCGAGGACAUUGAGGAGAUCACCAACCGCACACACGAGGCCUGCAUUCGCAUCAUUGACAAGCAGUUCAAGCCCAUGGACAACUACGCUGACCGUGACCACUGUGUCCAGUACAUGUGCUCUGUCAUGCUCGUCUACGGACGCUUGACUGCCGACGACUACACUGACGGUGGUGAGGCUGCCACCAGCCCACUUGUUGAGAGUCUCAGACAACGUAUUGCCUGCAAGGAGGACCCCAAGUUCACCGAGGACUACCACAACCCAGAGAAGCGUACCAUCUCCAACGCAUUGACYGUGAAGCUGAAGGAUGGCACUGUUCUUGAGGAGGAGGUUGUUGAGGCCCCACUCGGACACCGACUCCGAAGAGAAGAGGCCAAGCCCAUCAUCUUGGCGAAGUACGCCCGUCACAUCGAGCCACACUUCCCCAAGGACCACGUAAAGAAGUUGGUCGACCUGGGCAACGACCCAGCUGCCCUGUACAAGACACCCGUGGAUGAGUACAUGGAUCUGUACGUCAAGGAGAAGAUUUUGUAA